AAUUGCUCGCUGCACAACGGUCCUCGUCAAAAAUUGAUUCGACGUUAGAUAGGGAAAACCGUUUUAAGAAAAAAAUGACGUUUACAAAAAUCAUUCAAAAAAUCGACUCAUCUUUACAAAGAAAAACUGAGCCCCUUUGUGAAACGCUUUUUUUCUAAAUAACUAAAACCCUGUUAUAAUACAUUGCUACAUAAAUCUCUUAACAAACGUGCCUUCAGAAAAACCAGAUCGUGCCAGAAAUCACAAUGAAUAAGAAAUAAUUUGAUCCUUUUCUUCAAAAUUCACUAAAAAAAGCACUUCAUUGUGAAAAGUUAGAAGAAACAAACUUGAAUAAAACUGAUAAAUUAAGUCGAAUCUGUAAAAUCAUGGAAAUCAAUGGUUGCAAGACUUUCACAAUCCAAAGGAAAAAAACGUCAAAUGAAUGCAGGAGUCGCCCCGAGCACAUGGGAUCAGGAUUUUUAAAAAUUGCAAAAGCAAAGCAAUGUGGAGGCGAGAAAUUUCAAAAAAAAUUGAAAAGAAAGAAAUAAUUUGUGAACAUAAAAAUUGAAUGAACUAAAUUUGGCCUUUGUACGUGGCGAUUUUUUUUUCUACCUCGCAUUGCGUAAUACGAAUUUGGACAGUAGCAUGAGGAAGCGGAACCGAGACUUUUCGAAUAGCCCAAGUUCGGUCGUCGCAGUCCAAAGCUCCGGGGGAGCACCGAGCGCAGCAUCCUCAUCAGUACGAAAUUUAUUUCGGGCAAUCAACCGUUUCGGAAAGAUAUUCACCGACGACCAAAAUAACUCGGAGAUAAUCGAUCACGCGUCGAGGAGUCGCGAGCGAAAAUGAGCUUGAUGAAGAAAGCUAUCGGAGGCUCGAUCCACAGAAUAAGAGAAUUCGAAUUGGAAAAGGUGAACCUCGCGGACGAAUUCGACAUCCUCCAAAUCGUCGGGGAAGGAUGGUUCGGCAAAAUAUUACUCACCGAGCACCGAAGCACCCAAACCGAAAUGGUCCUCAAAGCUCUGCCGAAAGCGUACACCAGCAUCACCGACUUCUAUCGCGAAUUUCACUACGGACUUCACUUAUCCGCACACCGAAAUAUCAUCACGACCUAUGACGUCGCCUUCGAAACCGCUGGAUUCUAUAUUUUCAGCCAGGAAUACGCGCCGUUGGGUGACCUCACGUCCAACGUGACGGAGACCGGGCUCGGAGAAUUGCACGCAAAAAGGGUCGCCAGGCAACUGGCGGCAGCGGUUCAUCACAUUCACAGUCGCGAGCUCGUCCACCGGGACAUAAAGCUCGACAACAUUCUCGUAUUCAGGAGCGAUUUUUCUCGCAUCAAGUUGUGCGACUUUGGGGAAACGAGGCGAAUCAACACGAUCGUACGACGACACAACGAGUGGCUGCCUUACUCACCGCCGGAAGUUCUGCAGAUCGACACCGACGAGACUUACAAAGCUCUGACGUCGCACGACGUUUGGCAGUUCGGCAUCGUCCUUUUCGUCUGUUUGACGGGAUGCAUACCCUGGCAAAAGGCCGCAAUGGACGACCGCCGGUACACGAGGUACUUGAACUGGCACAACGCGACACUCAACAUCGCCAAAAAACCAAAGUUGUUCCAGCUCAUCAGCUCGCGGGCUCAAAGAAUGUUCAAGAGACUCCUCGAACCCAAACUGGAAAAGCGGCCGAUCAGCGUUCUUGAGGUGAAUAAAUACCUGGAGGACCGAUGGCUCGCCAAGUUGGGAGCGGAGAAAGCGAUGACGGGGGGCGCGGAGGAGAGGGACGAGCUGUCGCCGUCGAUGUACAGUUUCCACAGUUCGCUGGAGGAGAAGAAUCAAUUAUUGUUCACAUUGACCCAGUACGGGAUCGAGACAACGGUGGACCGGACGCGGAAGAAAGAUCGAAUAAGGGAGUGGAUAGAGUCGAGUGCGAUAGCGGAGGAAAACGAGGAGGAAUCUGAGGGGGAAGAGGCGGCGGAGAGAUUGAACGGAAACUCGGAGGUGGAGGAGGAGGAGGUGAACAUGAAAGGGCGCCACUUCCCGGAGAGACGGCCGAGUUCGCGAGCGAUCGAGUCCUCGAGUUCGAAAGCGUCGUCGAAGAAAAAUUCGAGCCUGACGAGAGCGCGAGAGAAUCGAGGGGGCGAGGAAUCGGAGGAGAAGAAAAACGGAGUCGCAAGUGGAAAAGCGCGUCGCGCACAGACGAUCCUGACGUCGAAUCAUCGAGCGGCGAGAACGUUGAAGCACAUGGAAAGGCGAAACCCGUUCGCGCCGCAAGUAGCGCAGGAGCGUCACGCGGUCGCUCGCUUCGGGAGUUUCCCAAACGGCGAUCCGAACCUGGCCAUUUCGAGCGAGCGCUCGGCGAUCGUCAGCGAAAAUGCGGCCAAGUUGGCGGAGCUCGAGAAGGAGCAAAUGCUGAUAAGAUCGGCGGGGAGCAUUCAUGAUCGCGUCGGGAAUCCUGGGAUCAAUCAGCCGAUCGCGAUGGGUCUCGUCGAGAGGCGAGACUCGACGAGGAACUCGCCGAUAAAAAAAGUCCCGGGGAGCGAGGACAGCGGACAUGAGAACGGUUCGCUCGUGAGAAACGAGCAGGAACGUUCUUCGGUCCCUCGAGAACAAACUAACGUUAAAAUCCUCGAUCAACGAGCCCCCAACGAGAGCUUCGUCUACGAAAACCAACCGAGUUUGAAAAAUCCUCAAGCUCCGACGAGAAAGCACCGUGCCCAGACCGCACCUUUUCCAAAGCUUGCACCCGGCCAAUCGCCUCAAACCGAUAUUUUUCAAGGAGAAGUCUUCCCGAGCCGCAGUCUCCCCGUGAUCCCGCUUUCCGUAGCAGCCCAAUCAGCCACCGAAACAACCAGCAUCGUUCCCACCUCGAUUCCCAAUCACGUCAACAACAACGCCAAUAAUUAUAACAAUAACAACAACAAUGGCAGCCUCAACAACCAGAACAAUCCUCUGACCAUGACCGUCGCCUCUCACCUCGUGAUGCAAAGCUUCAACACCCUCCAAGCGAUGAAUACCGUGCCAAAAACAAUGACGAGUGACAAACAAUCGACUAGGAACCGCGAACCCACCGGCGUCGCUCGUGAACAACCUCCGAAUAUUUAUCCCUAUGGAAAAGACGCUUACGAACAUUACGGAGCUUCCCAGCGAGGUGCCUCCGUCACGAGACACGAUUUACCGAGACAAAGCUCAACCGGGAGCGGCAGUCGUUCGGUCAGUAAUUGACCAUCGAAUUUCUCGUGAUUGUCUCAUUUGUUGAAUUAUUGAACGAACGAAAUGCGCUUCGAUGCUUCGAGCCUUCGAAAAUUUCAUUUGAGAUACGACGAAAUCAGAUCCGAUUGUGGGAGAUGAUCCAAGGGUCGUGGGAAAGACAGGAAGUACGGGAACAAAUAAAUAAUCUGACCAUCACGGCUGACCGAUUCAAACGAAAUAGUGAAACUCGCAAAUCAAUUUUUACUUCAAUUUCGUCCUGGACAAUCGACGACUUUUCCUUCGUCGCUUGCAGCAAACAGGAAAUUCGUGGACGCUGUUUUUUUAUGAAUUCCCACAAAUUACCUUUUUUUUUAGAUGAUAAUGCUACUUUGUAGAAAUCACGAAAUUAAACGAAUUCGAGAACAUGAAUUUGUGUGUACCUCGACGCUUGUGGGGACCAGGUUAAGUUGAAUACGAAAUGUCUUUGUUUUCCCUUUUUUUUCUAUUGAUUAUGCUAUUAAUGAUAGGUGAAAUUGUGAGAAUUAGGGAAAUUUCAACAGAUUGAUUGCAAGAAUAUAAAGUGUAAGACCAAAUAUGUAUGUGACGAGAAUAAAAUGAUGCUUUUAUGUUUGUC